AUGAGAAUGAGCUCAACUCCCGCAAACGAUGCACAGACCACAACCGUUAGCACAACCGUAUCGCCAGUGGCUCGAAACACUCCUUCGGCAUCCGUCAAAGCGGUCACAACGGUCUCACCGAAAUGUGAAACACGCCCAUCGCUCACUUCAACGUCGGCUCUCUCGGGUUCCUCAUCGUCCACAUCCUCAUCGACCAACCACCAGCGAUCUCGUAAAUCUAAGAAUCGUCGCUUCGGAAUACGUAAACCGCCAUCACGAUUGAAACGUAAAGAAGUGGCCAAGCUACGUGAGAUGAGCAUGCGACUUGGUGGUGCACAGUACUUCAAGAAACGUGUCAAUGAAACAGCACAAUGCGAG